AUGAAUUCAAUUACUUCAAUUCAAACAACUACUAUCCCAAAAACUAUCAAUACUGUUACAACUCCACAGCAUAAACCGCCAAAACUUCAACAUCAACGUCCUGUACGCAGUUUCUCAUACGAUCAUGAUUUAUUUAAAAGACAAAUGUAUAUGCGAGCAUACAAUAAUACUAUAGCUACUUCUUCGCCAUCACUUGAUGAUGCUACUCCUACUCUUAAUUCUUAUACAGGUUUAUCAAGCCCACUAUUAACACCAAUUGAAACUAAUGAUUCAUCAUCGCCUGCAGAUAUUUCUGACUUUAUGUCCCCGGAUUUAUCGUCAUCAUUACUAAAUACUCGUCGUAGUCACAACACACGUCAUUUAUCAUACGAUCGUAACCUAUACAAAAAAGUUAUGUUCUCGUUAUCAACUACUCCAUCUUCUAACAAUGAUCAUCUUUCUUACACUGGUCUAUCAAGCCCAAAAUUCACCAACACCAUCACAACAUCUUCUAAUCGUCCAAGUUCACCAUUUUCUACCAAAAAAAUAACUGACGAUUUCUUAUUUAGAGAUAAUUGGCCACAAGAAGUAAUUCCUAGGCAACGUAGGCAAUCAACUUAA